GUAGUCUUCUGGAGCCAUUAACUUGUUAGCAUCACCUUGCGCCGCACAUCCCCACGGCUUUGUCACUAGCUGCAUAGCUAGCCCCCAAGAUGGCAGACCGGACGUGGAUGUACCUUAAAAACCACACGUGUGGUGAGUACUUGACUGAUUUGAAGUCAUUCAUAGAUGCAGCAGAGACAGAUCAAUUGAAGCAGGGCAAGUCCGCCAUAAGUUGUUCAUGUGUUGACUUUGAGAAUGACAUACAGUUCUCAAGUUCAGUUCAUGUCCAUGCCCAUUUGAUCAUUCGAGGUUUCAUGGAGGACUACAUUUGUUGGAAUAUGCAUGGAGAAGAAGGUUGUAAUGUUCGAGACCUUGAGGCCGACCGUAUGCAUCAAGAAACCACUUGUAACGAACAAUCUGGAAAAUUUUAUGCUUGUCAAGAUGAGGAGGAAGUACACUCUGACAAUCAGGAUGUUGGGAAUGAUCUUAGUGACGAUGACCUAAUACAAAUCGGUGACAACUAUGUCCAUGUGGCUGAUCAAUUGGAGGAGAUGGUGCGUGAUGCCAUGGGGUACGAUGGGCAUAUUUGGAGUUUGAGAAACUGAAAAAGUUGGUGACAGACAUGAAGACACCACUCUAUCCGGGCUGCAAAGAGAAGUACACGAAACUGUUCGCAUCACUCAAACUUCUCCAAUUGAAGGCAACCCACCAUAUGACGGCUCGGGGUUUCAAGGCUUUGUUGGACCUACUAAGGGACAUGUUGCCAGAAGGGAAUGAGAUACCUAAGACAACCUAUGAGGACAAGCAAAACAUUUGCCCUUUGGGAUUGGAGGUCGAGAAGAUACAUGCUUGUAAGAACGAUUGCAUUCUAUUUCGUGGAGACCAUGCUAACGACACUGAAUGCCCAAAGUGUCAAACGUCUCGAUAUAAGCAAAAAAAAUGAUGGUGGUGAUGAGGUAAGGAGGCAUGGAGCUCCUCAAAAGGUGGCCUGGUAUUUCCCUUUGAUUCCUCACUUGAGGCGUUUGUUUGCAUCAAGAAAGGACGCACAGCUUUUGCGUUGGCACAUGGAGGGCCGGAAGCAGGAUUAUUACAUACGACACCCAGCAGAUUCCACACAGUGGCACAUCGUUAAUCACAAAUAUGGUUCAUUUGCUGAUGAUCCAAGGAAUCUUCGAUUUGGAUUAAGCACAGAUGGGAUGAAUCCAUUCGGUCAGAUGAGUAGCUCACACAGUGUCUGACCAAUGUUGGUGUCGAUCUACAUCUUCCGCCUUGGCUUUCUAACAAGAGGAAAUACAUGAUGAUGUCAAUGAUCAUCUCAGAUCCGCAUAAGCCAGGCAUUGAUAUUGACGUGUAUCUGAGGCCAUUGGUGGAUAAUCUGAAAACACUAUGGUCAGAAGGUGUUCAGGUCUACGACGCGUACAAAAGAGCACCCUUCACAGUACGUGGCCUUCUCUUCACCACCAUCACUGAUAUACUAGGAGGCCGUUCUGUGCCAGGGCAGUGCAAAGGCAAAAAGGAUUGUCCCCACUGUUUAGAUGACACUGAGACUCUUUGGCUCAACAACUCAAAGAAACAGGUGUACAUCUGUCAUCGACGCUUCCUUCCUGAUUCACAUGCAUACAGACAUAUGAAACGCCAAUUUGAUGGCACGAGAGAGUUAGCCAAAGCUCCGAGGCAUUUCAGUGCUGCUUAUGUCUACAGUCAGGUCAAGGAUCUCCCAAAUGCCCAUGGCAAGAAAAGCACUACUACCCUUGGAAAGAGAAAGCGCGACAAAGAAGCAGUUGAUCCAAAGAUCAUGUGGAAGAAGAAGUCAAUCUUGUGGGAGCUGCCUUACUGGGUAGAUUUAGCUGUCCGUCAUAGUAUAGAUGACAUGCAUGUGAAAAAAAAUGUAUGUGGAAGUCUACUCGGAACACUCAUGAAUGAUAAGUACAAAACGAAGGAUCAUGUAAAAGGACGAGCUGAUCUAGAAGAAUAGGACAUUAGACCUGAAUUUUGUCUUGAUGCCACCAGUAGUACACGUCUACCGGCAUCUGCUGUGAAUCUAACCAGGGAAGAGAAGAAGGAAUUAUGCGACUUCUUACGUAGUGUGAAAGUUCCUUCUGGAUAUUCAUCUAAUAUCAGGAAACUUGUCCAUGCCAAGGAACAGAAAUUUCUGCCGAUGAAAGCUCAUGAUUGUGAUGUCAUGCUCACCACCAUGCUUGCGGUUGCUAUCAGGAACAUAUUGCCGGAAAAAGUAAGAAGGGCUAUCAUGAGCUUGUGCUUUUUCUUUAACGCAAUCUCUCAGAAGGUUAUUGAUGAGACGACAUUGGAUGAUCUUGAGAAGAACUUCUUUCACACAAUUUGUCUUCUUGAGGCGUAUUUCCCACCAUCAUUCUUUGAUGUCUUUGUACAUCUCAUGGUUCACCUAGUGUGGGAGAUAAGGUACCUUGGGCCGAUGUUCCUGCAUCACAUGUAUCCUUAUGAGAGAUUCAUGAGCACUCUUAACAAGUAUACCAAGAGUCGAGUUCAUCCUGAGGGAAGUAUGGUUCAGGGCUACUCUACUGAGGAGGUAGUUGAUUGGUGUCUUGAUUACAUUGAUCCUAGUAAUCCAAUCGGCAUAUCAAAGUCUCACCAUGAGGGAAGGUUAGCUGGCAUAGGGAUUCUUGGGGAGAAGACAUUCACUCCGGACAUGAAUUCUUACCGACAAGCACAUUUUCUUGUGUUGCAACACACAGUUGAAGUAUCUCCUUACAUCGAUGAGCAUAAGGAGCACUUGCGUGAAUUGAAUCCCGGGAGAAGCGAAACUUGGCUAGCUAAGACGCAUAUGAGUGGAUUCAACAUUUGGUUUAGAGACCGGAUCCAAAUGUCAGACUCUAGGAUAGAUGAUGCGCUUAGAAACUUGGCAUGUGGUCCAGUGUUCACCAUCACCACUUAUCAAGGAUAUGAUAUAAAUGGCUACACCUUCUACACCAUUGCACAAGAUAAUAAAAGCACAUACCAAAGUUCUAGUGUUCGUAUAGAAGCUCUAGACAACAAUUUGCAUAAAACUUCGUACUAUGGACAAAUAGAGGAGAUAUGGGAGCUGACCUAUCCGGAUUUUAAGGUGCCAAUUUUCAAAUGUCGUUGGGUUCAGGGCAGAAAGAGUGUCACGAAAGACAUGUAUGGGUUCACCACAGUAGAUCUUAAACAAGUUGGGUACAAGGAAGAGCUAUUUGUGCUUGCUGAUCAAGUCUCUCAAGUCUUCUAUGUGACUGACACGAUGGAUGAGAGAAGACACGUGGUUCUCCCAGGAAAAAGACGAGUUGUCGGAGUUGAAAAUGUGGUGAUUGAGGAGGAUUUGAAUCCAUGUGACGAAAUCCCACCCUUUGGUCCCUGCAUUAUUCCCGUAAUUCAAGAAAGUGAGAAAACCCCCUACUUACGAUCCGACCAUAAAGAAGGGGUCACUGUGGCAAAAGCUCGGAAAAAAGGAGGAAAACGACAAGCCAAGAAAAGAUGAGGUAGUUAAAUGUGAGAUUUGUACAAUAUGUGAGAUUUGUAGAAUAUGUGAGAUUUGUGUAAUAAAUUGGUGU